GUCUGCGCAAGGGUUAAGCGGCUCGCAGGCAGCUGCCGCGCGUGCCUUGCAAAAUUUCACCAGAAGAGGGUACAGUUUGAAAGGCUCUUGACGUCAGGCUGGAAUUCCUAUUGUGCCUGGACACGGCUUGGGCAGAGCAAGCCCAAGUUCGCUCUCCCAAACCCUCUGCGGACUGCGCGGCGGGGGGCUCAGGGACACGGUCGGCGCGGGGGACACACGCCGGCGCCCGCGUGGCUCCGGGACGCGCUAGGCGCUGUCUGCGCGCCCCGGGGAAGGGGGACCCUGCCCGCCACCACCCAGGACACCCCACUUCUGCAGGAAGCCGAGCCCCAGGGGCGGAUCGCGCCGCUCGGGGAGCCGAGGUGAGUGCCCGGGGUGGGGCCGGAGGCCGCGAGAGCCCCCCGCCCACGAGCCUCGGCUCCCGAAUGCCCGCCCCGAGCCCCGCCGGGUGCAUGCCUCCUCCGCCGCGCGUCCCCGCCGGCGGCUCCCCGCUGUGACCGCCCUUCCGAGCAGGCGGGCGCCGGCUGGGCUUCCCCGAGAGCCGCGCACCGGUGGGACCAGCGGACUCCCGGGCGGCAGCGGCGGCGGCGGCGGCGGGGCGCGGAGCCGAGAGAAUGGACGGAACCGGGGAGCGCAGCCUCCCGGAGCCGGACAGCCAGGGCUCCCGGGUUGGCGACGACGUGGAGAUCGUGGUGAACGUGGGGGGCGUCCGGCAGGUGCUGUACGGAGACCUGCUCAGCCGGUAUCCUGAGACCCGGCUGGCGGAGCUGCUGACCUGCCUGGCCGGCGGCUACGACAGCAUCUUCUCCCUGUGCGACGACUACGACCCCGGGAAGCGCGAGUUCUACUUCGACCGCGACCCGGACGCCUUCAAGUGCGUCCUGGAGGUGUACUAUUUCGGGGAGGUGCACAUGAAGAAGGGCAUCUGCCCCAUCUGCUUCAAGGGCGAGAUGGACUUCUGGAAGGUGGACCUCAAGUUCCUGGACCAGUGCUGCCGGAGCCACCUGCGCGAGAAGCGCGAGGAGCUGGAGGAGAUCGCGCGCCGCGUGCAGCUCAUCCUGGACGACCUGGGCCUGGACGCGGCCGCGGGGCGCUGGCGCCGCUGCCAGCAGCGCGUCUGGAAGUUCCUGGAGAAGCCCGAGUCCUCGCGCCCCGCGCGCGCCGUGGCCGUGCUGUCCUUCCUGCUCAUCCUCCUCUCGUCCAUGGUCAUGUGCAUGGGCACCAUCCCCGAGCUGCAGGUGCUGGACGCCGAGGGCAGCCGCGUGGAGCACCCGACGCUGGAGAGCGUGGAGACGGCGUGCAUCGGCUGGUUCACGCUGGAGUACCUGCUGCGCCUGUUCGCCUCGCCCAACAAGCUGCACUUCGUCCUGUCCUUCAUGAACAUCGUGGACGUGCUGGCCAUCCUGCCCUUCUACGUGAGCCUGACGCUCACGCACCUGGGCGCGCGCAUGAUGGAGCUGACCAAGGUGCAGCAGGCCGUGCAGGCGCUGCGCAUCAUGCGCGUGGCCCGCAUCUUCAAGCUGGCGCGCCACUCCACCGGCCUGCAGACGCUCACCUACGCGCUCAAACGCAGCUUCAAGGAGCUGGGGCUGCUGCUCAUGUACCUGGCCGUGGGCAUCUUCGUCUUCUCAGCCCUGGGCUACACCAUGGAGCAGAGCCACCCCGAGACGCUGUUCAAGAGCAUCCCGCAGUCCUUCUGGUGGGCCAUCAUCACCAUGACGACCGUGGGCUACGGCGACAUCUACCCCAAGACCACGCUGGGCAAGCUGAACGCGGCCAUCAGCUUCCUGUGCGGGGUCAUCGCCAUCGCCCUCCCCAUCCACCCCAUCAUCAACAACUUCGUCCGGUACUACAACAAGCAGCGCGUCCUGGAGACGGCGGCCAAGCACGAGCUGGAGCUCAUGGAGCUCAACUCCGGUGGCGCUGGUGGAGGCGAGGGCAAGGCCGUGGGCUCCCUGGGCGACCUGGACAACCUCCCACCACUGGAGCCCGCAGCCAGCAAGGAGGGGGCCUGGGGAAGCCGGCUCAAGAUCUCCCACAGCGACACCGUCAUCCCCCUCCUGACCCAGGAGAAGCACCACAGGACCCGGCUGCAGAGCUGCAAGUGACGUGGGCCGAUGGGGCGCAGGUGGGCAGAUGCUGUGACUGUCCGUGCCCCCCCUCCCCUCCUGAGCUGAACUCUGAAGGCCCUCUGGGCAUCUGCCAUGAGGCUGGGUAAGACCCUGUGCGUUGCCGGCUGUCCGGGAGCCGGCGCUGGGGAGGGGUGGCGGGGAGCCAAGGCUGGAGGGGUGAUGGAGGCUGUUUCACGGGCGGCAGGGACCCUGGGCCCGAUCUGUAUCUUUCAAUAAAGCCCUGCU